UUUGUUUUGUUUUCAUUUUACAUUCGAAUCUCUACGGCAAUCGUGUUCAAAAAUUAUUAGUUUUUUAGUAAGCAUGGUAAUCCUCAACUACGAGCAGUUCAGCGAGAUCCAGCAGGUGAUUCACAAGUUCCGCGGCCACUCGAUCGACUGCAACCGGGAGCUGGUCCGACGGUUCCCGCAGCACAGCUUCGAAAUGCUCGGCAGCAUACUGUCCCGGGAGGUCCAGCAGCGGCUCAAGCAGUCCCACUCGCGCAUAAGUGCCCGCGCCGAGGACCUGCUGGCGGAUUACGGCCGCAAGAUAAAGUCCGGCGCCUCGCUGGACGUGCUGCUAAAAAUGUCCCUCUCGCUGCGGAUUCCACCGCUAUCGCUGUGCCGGAUGCUGCUGCUCAAAAAGUACUCCCACAAAACGAAGGCUGAGGUCUCGGAGAUGCUGCGCCAUCCCGACAUCAUUCCGGACUCGGUGCUCGGCGCCAACGUGGGCUACUGUCUGUACAACGAGAACAUGGAGGGACCCAUCACGGACACGAUACGGCGCUGCAUCGGCGAGGAGUACGAAAUGAAGCUGAAGCAGAUGGCCAAGGACAUGGGGAUGGUGUUCUACGACGAGGGCGACCUGAGGCGAACCGGCUACGACAAAACGCCCGACUUAAAGCUGGCCAUUCCGUGUCUGUACAAGGGACGGGCCGUGAACUGGAUCGAAAGUAAGGCCUCGUUCGGGGACAUGGACUCGCACCAGAAGUACGUGAGGGACCAGCUAAUUAGCUAUGGGAAUAGAUUCGGCGCAGGAAUCGUAAUCUACUGGUUCGGCUACCUGGACAUGAUUGCCGACUGUGCGGAGAACGGCGAUUUCAUCACCGUCGUUGACAACUUCCCGGCGCCGGAAGAGCUAGAAUUUCUCAAGUUUAACAUUCCAGACACGUGCUUGGAAGAGCUGAACAAGCCCGUUAGCUAGUUGUUUGUUGAUGAAGUCUUUUUUUAUAAAAUUGUUUAUAAUAUACUCAACUAUAGAUGUGUAGACUUGA